AUGGUAUCUGAACUUAAACAAAAAUAUUGUAAUAUUACAAAAGAAGCUAUUAUGACGAAGCUAAAAUGUAUAAAUGUAGGAACUACUGUUCGAAUACCAAUCCCUGAUGUUGAUAAGGCUAGAGGAUCACCUCGUAAUUUAUUAGCUGUUGUCACCGAUGUUCAAGAUAGUUUGUACAAAUUAUGUACAGAAAAUAGUUUCUUAAAGCACAGAUACACGCGAACAGAAAUAGUUCCAUGUGACGAAAACUUUCUCGAUUUGAAGGAGACCACAAAUUCAGCAAGUACUCUCCGAGAGGCUGCCGGGCAUAACAGUAUUGCUGGGACUCAGGGAUAUCAAAGGUGUCAUUGUAAAACAAAAUGCCAAAAUAAUCGAUGUGCUUGUCGAGCAGCUAAAAAGUUGUGUAAUCCAAAAUACCAUAGUAGUUUAUCUUGUGAAAAUAAAUAA